AUGGAUACAGUUCUGGACACUUCCAAAUUUGUGGGAAAAUUUCUGUAUUACUUUUUAGAAUCUUACAAGAUAAUUCCCAAGAAGAAAAAGAGUGUUGCUGGGAUAACGGGAGCUGGCAGCGGCCUUGGGAGACAGUUGGCCAUAAAAUUUGCUCGUCUUGGAGCCAUUUUAGUCCUAUGGGACAUUAAUAAAGAAGGCAAUAUGGAAACAAGUAGACUAGUUAAGGAAAAUGGUGGCGUAAAAGUAUUUGCCUACACGUGUGACUGUAGCAACAGGCAAGAGGUCUACAGUGUUGCUAAACAGGUUAAAAAGGAAGUUGGUGAUGUGACCAUCCUCAUUAACAACGCUGGAAUUGUGACAGGAAAAUUGUUCCUUGAUAUUCCAGAUGAUAUGGUAGAAAAAUCAUUUCUUGUAAAUGCCUUGUCUCAUUUCUGGACUUAUAAGGCCUUCCUUCCUGACAUGAUUGCAGCUAACCAUGGUCACUUGGUCUGUAUUUCAAGUGCAGCAGGAUUAUUUGGUGUUAAUGGACUAGCAGAUUACUGUGCAAGUAAAUUUGCAGCCAUUGGCACUGCAGAGUCUAUCUUCUUAGAAUUAAAUUUUCAAAGGAAAAGUAAAGUUAAAACUACCAUUGUUUGCCAAUAUUUCAUCAAAACUGGAAUGUUUGAGGGCUGUACAACCAAGUACCCAUUUCUAUUACUUCUAUUGGAUCCGGAGUUUGUGGUGCAAAGCAUUGUAAAUGCUAUUUUAGAGGAACAAUUUUACUUAGUAAUACCCAAAUUUUUGUAUGUUGCAUUGAUCCUUAAACAAUUGAUAUCUUCAGAAAUGUUGCUGGCCCUCAGUCAGUACCUUGGAAUUGACACAUGCAUGGCUACAUUGAAAGGGAGAAAAAAGCAGUUUCAAAUUGAAACCGAGAAAACACCAAAAGCUCAAUCCUCAAGUGUGGUGAUGCAAUAAACACAAAGUAUUAUAAAGAUAAGCUGUGUGGAAUUUCUUCCAGUGCUGUUCAAUGCCCUCAGUCCACCAAGAACUCACAGGGUAUCUAGAGGUGCCAGGACACACAGAUAAUUUGACAAGGCACUCAAAUUAUCUACCCAGUUUUCACCAUUUUUUCAUUUUGUAAAUAAGGACAUCAUAACCUUUCCAGUGAACUCAGUGAAUAUAUUUAUAAAAAUAAAUUAAUGCCUAUUUACCCUAUUUAAUGUUAAAACUGACAGCACAAUAGAAAAGGGGUAAUUAUAAACACUUUCUAAAUCAGUGUUUAAGCUGAUAGUUUUUCAACAUGAGAUUAAAGGUACAUGUUAGUUUUGUAAUUAAGAAAAAUAAUUUUUGGUUCACAAAUUAAAGGCUUAUUUUUACUCCCUAUUAAUUUCUACUGGAGUUAGAUGAUUAUAUCAAGGUCCUUAGUGGGAGUGACCCUCCUUAUUAGACAAAAUAAAUCUGUAACUAACCUUUUUGUUUGCAUCUGAGUGUGUCAAAUAAUUCCCAGCUUCUUUACCCCAUAGGAGCUCUGGUGGCAUAGUGCUUAAGUGCUACAGCUGCUAACCAAAACAUCAGCAGUUUGAAUAUACCAGCCUCUCCUUGGAAACCCUAUGGGGCAAUUCUACUCUGUUCUAUUGGGACACUAGGAGUCGGAAUUGACUCGACAGCAACAGGUUUGUUUCUUUUGGUUUUUUAUUCCAUAAGAAACAAAAAAAAUACAUAUUAGACUUUUAUACUCUACUAGCUUGAGAAGGAAAACUUAUUUUCAUAGUUAAUUCAGUAAAAUGCUCUUUCCAUUGAUACAUCUGAAUACAUGAUAUAAGCUCCCUUUUAAAAAAAAAUUUAUACUCAUAAAAUGCACUACACAUGCCUGCCAUUUGCAAACUGUACCUAAUGAUGACAUCUUUCUGUGUUCAGAGUAAUCCUUGAGCUGUGGUCACUAAACAUCAAGUUCAAUACCUAGUGAGUGAUGGUAAAACCAAAAAGUGAAAUUUCAAGUAAAUUAAAGUAUACGUUUUGUUGAGCACUCAGUAGAUGUAAGAUUUAUCAUAUUAUUUGGAAUAUAAUAUUUCUACGUUCAUGAAAAGAAAUCAUAGUUUGAGAUGUAAAUUUGACCAAUAAAGGAAUAAAACAUUCCAGAAAGGCAAUAUUUUCCAGGAAAUUAAAGUUGUCUUUUUGUCUUAGUCUGGGUAAUCUAGAGGAGCAAAACCAGGGAAGCAUACAUAGAUACAUAUAUAUAUAGAGAGAAAUUUACUUCAAGAAAACGGCUCACAAAAUUGGGAGGAAACGGCUCACACAGUUGUGGGGGCUGGCAAGUCCCAAAUCAGUGGGUCAGGCAACAGGCUGAAGACCUCUGCUGGCUCACGUGGUGGCAGGGGUUGAUGAACCCAAACUCUGCAGGUCAGAAGGCAAGCUGGAGGCUUCUAUAGGCUUACAUCCAAAGAACCAGAGGUCAGGUGACCAGAAGAGUGCAGGGUCAAGAAAAGAGGGCGAACUUUGCCACAACAUCCAUUUAUGAACUGGAGGCAGGCCACAUCCCCGAGAAAACUCCCCUUUCAACUGACUGGCUGCUCACAUAAGAUAACAAAAUGGACGGUGAUUACAUAAUGUCUGCCAAACCACUGAGAAGCAUAGCCUAGCCAAGUUGACACAUUUCGUUAACCAUCACAUCUCUUAACAGAUACAUUAGUAAAACAGAUUUCUAAAAAUGUUGACACCUCUCUGCCUUCUUAAACCAAAGAUUCAAAGCACUAUUCAACUUUUCCUUAACUCCUCAGGAGCAUUAAUAUAUUAUUUAAUAACUCAGCUGACACGCGGCAGUGGCUUUUGAGGGCCUUUUAUUUCUAAAUAAAUUAGUCCAUAACACUCAUUAGGCUAUCAGAAUACCUGUCCUGUCGGCUUUUGUUGACUCAAAAGCGAAUGUCUGCUGCUACUUCCAAAAAUGAGUCUGUUUUAUUUUCAAUUAUCUAUCCUGAGGAAAGCCUCUUACUUAUCAACUUAUUCAUUCAAUAUUGGCUGAAUUCCUCUGAUACAUGGCACUAGACGUAUAUGGUGAAUAACACAAUCACUCAAUAAGGGGCAAGGUCUUUGGGAUAGCUAUUAACUACACAAAGAUUUAUGUUUUGUUUGGCUUUGCUUUAUUUUCUGGUUAAUAUUGUUGGAAAUCUGAUUUCUAAUUUAAGUUUACAAUACUUAGAAACUGCAAUCUGUGCCUCUGCUGUCCUUAGUUUGUAUUUACAUAUUGUAGGUAAAGGGUUAACAAAAUCGUUUGCCUUUCUGCAUGAGUAUUUUCCCUUAGGGUAGCUUCCUAGCUCUGCUCUCCUGUAACCUUGUAAGAAUGAAAUGUCCAAGGUGUUUCUAAGCAACACGGUGUAUAAUAAAAAGGAUCCCUGUAAGUUGCAUUAGGACUGGGAGGAGCUAUAAACAAACCAUACAUACUUGAUGGGUUGCUGAGCUUUGGGCUUCCCUGAGCUGGGGGACUCUUGUACCUGACGUCUUGGGGGCUAUACUCCUGGAACUAUUGGCUCUGUGAAGCAUGAGUCUCUUGAGCCAGGGCACAUCCCACACUCGCAUCCGAGGGGAAGCUAUCUCCUGGAUGUUCUGAGUUGACAGCUGCAUAGAAGAGGAAUGCCUGCCACUGUCUGCUGCUCUUGGAGCUCCUUCAUGCGCCCUUCUUCUGAGCGUGCUCCUGCCAGCUCUGCCACAUUGUCCUCCCAGUCUGAAUGUGGAGGUGAGCUAAAAAGCAACCCCUGGUGAGCAAUGUGCUUAUUCUUCCUACAUUGACAGUUUGGUCACUUUAGAAUAUAUAGUAGCUGUCCAUUUACUUUGCUCCAAAUCUUCACAUACAGCCAUGAAACCUAGUAAAAUUAACAAAACUGAAUUGAUUGGGUCCAAAAUGUGGUCACUUCUGUUAUUUCCUCCAUCAAGUUCUCAAAAAGCAUCCUGGUUUUCAAUAGCACUUUACACAUGUAGUCUUCAUCAUACCACACCCUGGACUUUUCAAAACUUUAUGGACUUGUCAGCUUUUUGGAAAUAUUCAUUUUUCAAAUGAAAUAGUAUUAUAAUUGGUAGUUAAAUUAUCCUACAAAAGUCCUCCUAAUCCAGUGUAUAAAAACGGCUUGGAGGCAGUGUUUGACCUCCUCUAACUUCACAAGGGGGAAGGAGAACCAAAAUCAACAGCCCAAGGCUGAUUCUCAUGAGGUGGAGGCCAGACAAGCCUCCUCUCUCUGCCAUC